AUGUUCUUCUCUCGUCGCAAAUACCAGUCCUCAUCUGAUGGAGAACCCCAAGCCCAGGACGCCGUGCAGGACGUCGCUAAGACAGAUGCGCAACGACCGCAAGAUGUGAUUACGGAAGACGAGUCCUCCGAGGGCAAGCUCGACUUCAAGACCCUUCUUCCUGUCAUUGCUUGCGGCGCUGGAUUGUUUUCUGAUGGCUAUAUCAACAACGUCAUUGGAUCCGUCGUGACUAUCCUCUCCAUUAAGUAUGGUGAGGUCUGGGCCAACUCUAAUGCCAAGCACUACUUGGGAGACAUUGCCUUCGCCGGGACAGUGGUGGGGCAGCUUUUGUUUGGGUAUCUCUCGGACAAGUGGUCGCGCACCAACUCGCUGAUUGUCUCAACCAUCGUCCUGGUUGUGUUCACGGCCCUAACGGCGGGCUCCUACUACAAGGGAGAUACUAUUGGCAUGUUCAAUAUCUUGACUGCCUGGCGCUUCUUUGUGGGCAUUGGCAUCGGCGGCGAGUAUCCUGCUGGUAGUGUGGGCUGCGCCGAGCAGACGGGCCAGCUUAAGUCAGGUACCAGGAACAUGUUCUUCAUCUGGUUCACUAACUCCAUGAUCGACUGGGGCUUCGUUAUUGGCGCAUUCGUCCCCUACGUUGUGGCCGCCGCUUGCAAUAACCAGCAUCUCAGCACCAUCUGGCGUACUAGUCUUGGUAUUGGCUGCGUUUUCCCCUCCAUCCUUCUGAUUAUGCGCUUUUUUCUUAGGGAACCGGAAGAGUUCCAGAAGGAGUCUAUGAAGCAUGCCAAGACUCCUUACCUGUUGGUCCUCAAGUUCUACGGCUGGCGUCUCUUCAUCAUCAGCCUCAUCUGGUUCGUCUACGAUUUCUAUGCCUAUUCCUUCUCUAUCUACUCCUCUACCAUCUUGGCCAACAUCUUCGAUACCACUAAUGCUCCCCUGACCACCAUCUUCGGCUGGAACACUGUCAUCAACCUCUUCUACAUCCCCGGAACCGUGCUGGGUGCUCCCCUCUCCGACCUCAUCGGCCCUCGCUACGCGCUCGCCGCGGGUGUUACCCUUCAAGCCAUUGUGGGCUUCAUUAUGGCCGGCUGCUACUCCCGUCUCGCCAAGCCGGACGUCGUCGCCGCCUUUGCCGUCGUCUACGGCAUCUUCCAGUCCCUCGGCGAAAUCGGCCCCGGCAACAACAUCGGCCUGCUCGCUGCCAAGACGUGCGCCACGGGCGUCCGUGGCCAGUACUACGGCAUUGCGGCGGCUAUCGGCAAACUCGGCGCCUUUGUCGGCACCUAUGUCUUCCCGCAUAUCAUUGCUGCUGCGGGAGACUCGGAGACUCUGUCGGCGCAGUACCCCUUUUGGGUGUCAAGCAGCUUGUGUGUGUUCAGCGCGUUACUGGUGCUCGCAUUCGUGCCGCAGGUUGGGCAGGAUACGAUUCAGUAUGAAGAUAAGAGGUUCAGGGAGUAUCUAGAGCAGAAUGGGUAUGAUACAAGGCAGUUGGGUCUCAAGAAGGGGGAGAGCUUGGAGAUGAGUGAGAAUGGGGCUGAAGGUGCUGCUGCUGCGGCGGAUAAUGUGGAGGAGAAGAAGGCGUGA